AUGUCGUCCUUUGUCGAUCUAACCAAUACUAUAAACAGUGAUCAAAGCGCCGCACUUGUGCAUGCGCUAUUGACAAACACUAGUCGAACAAAUUUUAUUCGACCAAUAUCAUCAUCAUCAUAUAAUACAAACUGGAGUAUAUCACAUAUACCUGGUCCACCAUCAUCAUUUCUAACACCUUUUUUCUCAUUGUCCUCAUCAGCAUCAUCAACAGCAACAACAGUAAUUGCUGCCACAGAAAAUAGAUAUUAUCCAUUUUGGUUAUUAGUCAUUGUCGCUAUAUUUGGUAGUGUAACAUCCGUAUUAACUGUUUUGGGAAAUAUUCUUGUUAUGCUUGCUUUCUUUCUUGAUCGACAAAUUCGACAACCGACUAAUUAUUUUAUACUUUCAUUAUCUGUUAGUGACUUUCUUAUUGGACUUUUAUCUAUGCCUAUAUUGACAAUAUACAUCUAUGCUAAAGAAUGGCCAUUGAAUGCUAUUAUAUGUGACAUAUGGCUUUCGCUUGAUUAUACUGUUUGUCUUACAUCAAUUUAUACGGUGCUGUUCAUUACAAUCGAUCGUUUUUGUUCGGUUAAAAUGCCAGCAAAAUAUCGGAAAUGGCGUACACGUAGAAAAAUUAAUAUUAUGAUUGCUGCGACAUGGGCAGUUCCUACUCUUAUCUUUUUUACAUCUACCAUGGUUUAUCCUCGUGUGAGAAGUAUUUCAAAUAUGCAAAAUGGUGUUUGUGAUGUACAAUGGAAUAAAAAUCAUGUUUUUAAUUUAUGUUUAACAAUUGGAUAUUUUUGGACAACAUUAUUUGUCAUGAUAAUUCUAUAUAUAUUUAUAUAUGGUGUUGCAAGUAAUCUAGAACGAAAAUCAAGAGAAAAUGCACGUAAAAUGUCAUCACUCGUCGGUAUGGCUGGUAAUGCAAUGACACAAAUCGGUGUUGGCAUUGGAGUAAAUAAAUCUCCUACAAAAACAGCCAUUGAUAGACGAAAUUAUACAAGUCGUAAAAUUGAUUCAAAAACCAUGAAUGAUUAUGAUGAUGAAGAUCCACAAAAUUUACUUGCACAUAGUGUAAUUAAUACUCAAAAUAGUAGUAAUUCAUCUGAUCAACGACGUAUUGGUGGUGUUGAUGAUGAUAAUUCAAAUUCGUUUGAAUCACAUUCGGAUUUUGAUUUAACAAAUAUAAAUGAAAAAAAAUCACAUACAUCAAAUAAUACAAAUGAUAAAACUUCACGACAAAAAAAUCGUCGUGGUAUGAGUGUUAAUUGGGGAAAUAGUCCAACAACAGCUAUAAAUACAUCAUCAACAAGAACAAAUAUUAAUCAACGUUCACGUCAAAAUCGUGGACAUUCAAAUCAAAAACAUAGUUCAAAUGUAAAAUUCUUUGCAACAUCUAUGGCACAUUCACUUUAUAGAAAUCCAAUACGUUUAAGUGGUUUAUCAUCAACAUCAAAAACAAAAGGAAAUAAUUCAAUGACAAAUAAAAAUUUACUACAAACAACUUCAAAUCAACAACAAAUACCUACGACAUUAACAACAAUACCAUCGGAACCUGAACUUUUAUCUUGUCGAGUUUAUCCACCACCACAACCACGACCAGAAUCAUUAGCAAUUAUGUCUGAAGAAUUAUUUCAUCAAAGACUUAAAGCUCGUCAAUCACCAUUAUUAAAUGAAUCAUCUAUAAAAUCAUCAUUAAAUGAAUCAUCUAUAAAAUCAUCAUUAAAUGUUAAUAAUCAAUUAUCAAUUAAUUUUUCAUCAACAUCAUCAUUUCUUUUGGAUAAACAUUGUAUUGAAGAUGUUACUUAUUCAACAACAAAUCAAAUUUUACCAACAAAUUCUGAUCAAACAGUAACAAAUCAAAUAACACCACCACCAUCACCAGAAGAACAACAAAAAAAAUUAAAUGAAACUAAAGAUAAUCCUAUUGAUUUAUCAGUAGACGAACAACAACAACAACAACAACAACAACAGCAAAUAUCAUCAUCGAUUAAAGCAAUUAUUAAUAGUAAUGCAGAUUCAUCUGAUGAAAGUUGGCGUUUAUUGAAUAGCAAUAGUAGUCUUGAUGAACAUAUACCUUAUAUUGAUGAAACUGAUUUUGAAGAUUUAGGUUAUAUAUUACAUCGUCGUCGUGUUCCACCAAUCGACUCCAAUGAACCUAUUCAUGAAGAAACUAUUGUGUAUAAAUCACCUUUUUAUAUUAAAAAUAAACAUCGUUCAAAAUCAUCUAUUAUUUCACUUAAUAAUACAAUAAAUGAUAGUGGUGUAAAUAGAAAAAUUUAUGAAAUCUAUGGUAAUCAUCAAGAUGCACAUAAAGCUAUAUUAGAAUCUCCAAUGUUUGAUAAUGUUGAAUUAAUAACAUAUGCAUGUACAAAAUCAAAUCCAUCACCAAUACGUCAUUGUAGUUUACGUAAUGUUCCACGUGAAGCUCUACUUAAAACAGUAUCACAACCAACAUCAAUGCCACCAUAUAUUAAUAAUUCUAAUGAUAAACAUACAACAUCAUCAAUUAUAUUUGUAUCAAAAGCUAAAAUAUCAACAUCAUCACCAAGAUCAUCAUUAAAACAAGCCCAGCAAAUAGCAUCAUCAACAACAACAACGACAUCAUCAAUACAAAAUGCUGAUGUUGAACGAGCAUUAAUUGAUUUUUAUCAAUGUAGUCAAAUAAAUGAUACAGAUGAUUGUUUAACAACAAAUAAUGAUAAUAGUGAAAGUGAAGAUCUUGAAUAUUCAUUAUCAAAUUAUAAUGAAAUAUGUGAAGAAACAUCAUCAUUACUUCGUCUUAAUGAACAACAUUCAUCAGCAUUUAUUGAUGAUGAAUCUGGUACAGAUGAUUAUUCAAAUAAAAUAAAACAAAUUCAAUCAAAACAUCAUACAUAUACACAAAAUAAUAAUCAUUUUAUGAAAAUGAUGAUGUUAAAUAAAACUCAAGGAAAUUUAACUAUUGAUACAACAAGUGAUGAUCGAACAACAACAAAUAGUUUUAGUUUAAAUACAUAUAGUCAAGAUUAUUCUGUUGAUAAAAUAUUUCAUUCAGAUUCAUCCACAUCAUAUAAACAACAAUAUAAUUUAUCAUCAACAAAUCAACCAAUAUCUCAACAUAGUUGGCAUGAUUCAUCAUCAACAACAACAACAUCAUCAUCAUCAUGUCAAGAUAAACAGAUACCAUUAUUAUUACUACGUACAUCAUCACCACAACAUUUUUUAACAGCUGUAGAAAAAAAACGAAAUACAUCAUCCGAUUCUGAUGCUAUUACAACAACAACAACAUUAACAAAUAGUACACAAUAUGGAGGACGUGAUAUUGAUAAGACUAAACAAAAAAUUAGUGAUUCUAUAUCUCAAGAUGUAUUACGUGCAUUUAAUAAAUUAAAUGCAACAACAAUAACAGAUGAACCAGAAAUUGAAAAAAUUGAAACAAAUGAAAUAAAUUCAAUAGUUCAUAAAACAAUAGAUAUUGAUACAAAAUAUCAUUCAUUAUCAGAUACAUUAACACGUGAUAAUGAUACAUCAGGUUAUGGUUCACAUGAUGAUCCAUCAUCAAUUAAUAAUCGUAUACCAUCAAAAGUAACAUUUGAUAGUUUAAUGACACAAAAUUCAGCUCCAUCAUCACCAAAAACAAAAGAUCAAUCUAUAAUGACACAUAUUGAUUUGAAAGAACGUUUAAAUCAAACACUUAACAAUACUAAUUAUAAUAAUAAAAAUAAUCAUGAACAAAUACAAGAUAGUAAUGAAAAUAAAAAUGGACGUUUAGUUCUCAUAAGUGAAGGAACAAUUACAAGUGGAUCAACAUCGGCAAAAUCAAGUGUUAGAGAACUUGUACAAAAUCAAAAAGCAGCUAAUCAUAGAAAAUCUAAAUCACAAAAUCGAGCUCGAAAAGCUUUAAGAACUAUUACUUUUAUUCUUGGCGCUUUUGUCGUUUGUUGGACUCCAUGGCAUAUAUAUUCUGCGAUACAUUCAUUAUGCGAAUCAUGUAAACAGAAUUGGAUAUUUUCCAAUCCAAUGUUUCAUUGUUUUUAUUUUCUUUGCUAUCUUAAUUCACCGAUCAAUCCCUUUUGCUAUGCAUUGGCUAAUCAACAAUUUAAAAAGACAUUUACUAGAAUUUUAAAAUUGGAUUUACGUCGUUUAUAA